AUUUAAACAUUCAAAAUAGCCCUAUAAUUCCAUUUAAACAAAAAAAACUCUGUAAAUAAAGAAAAUUACCCGAUUUUUUCUUUCCCCAAAUCGCGCCACAUCCAAUUCACCUUCCCUUUUUCCGCGACGUUUCCGGUAUAAUCUUGCCAAUCCCAUGACGAUUCCUCUUUCUUUGUUUUCUUCCGCAACGAUUCCUCCGACCUCAGCCAUUAUCAUCCGCUUUCCCGGCAUCAUCGUCUCCCAUCGUCCGACUGAGAUGUGCACGUUCGGACGGGGCCCGACGUCGACAAUCGGACGGGGCCCGACGUCGGCGUUCGGA